AUGGUCACGCGCAACGUCGAGGUCGGGGCGCCCUGGGACUCCCAGGCUGGGAGGGCCAUCCGCCGGCGCAUACUUCGCUUCCGCAUCUUUGCCCAGCCAGUUGAAGGUGCUGGGGCGGCGGGUGCAACCUCUGGCGCCGCGGCCAUUACUGCGCGCGCUGGACGCACAUGGGCCUCGCUGUUCGACUGUGUGGUGCAGACUGCGAGUUGCUGUAAGUCGCCGUCGCUGCAGCUCGACACCAUGACGAGAUUAAUUGCCAGCGCGCUUGGCGCGUCCAUGCUGGCCACACGAAAUUGGGACGCGAUGCAGCCCACGGAGAGCAACACUGCAGGGAGGUCACCUCCUCGCGACAGUCGAGCAUGGAGCGCCGCGGGCUUCGGACGUGAGGAUCGGCCAACUUGGCACGCCAUGUUGCAGCACUGCUGCAGCCUCGCGUGCGAGCAGCAGCUGCAGUUUUUCCUCGACGUGGAGCAGGCGCUGGAGGCGCUGGAGCACAUGCACCGCUCCAUCGAAGCGGAGCACGCCCAGAACCAGCGCACCAUGGACGACAUGGCCGUCCACCUCGCGACCGAGAUCCACCUCAUGUGA